AAAGGAAAGUGGUCUCCAACCAACGCCAUCCCUUCUCUCUCUCUCUCUCUCUCUCUGCCUUCUUUAUAUCCCUUACUCUCGACACUUUGCUACUUCAGGGCUCAAACACCCAUAGCUAGCUAAUAAGCUUAUACAAAAUUGAGUCGAGCCCUCUCUCUCCUCUCCCUCUCUCUCCCACGCACACACGCAGGCCGACUGAAUCAACAACUACAAUUGCAACAAGAAGCUUGCCUUUUUAGCCCUAAAUAAUGGCGUCACCGGCAGACACCAGCAAGACCAUAAAGCUGGAACGCUACAACAGCUACAUCAGGAAAGUAAACACCACAAAGCUCUUAGCCGCUUCCUCCAAGCUCCUCUUCCGUGUCACUCUCCUGGUUGCCCUUCUCCUCCUCUUUUUUUUUACCUUUAAUAGUUAUCCUCCCCUUUCCGACAACCAUCACCACCACAACCGCCGUCACCUGCAUACCUCCACCACCUUCUUCUCCUCCGCCUUCUACGGCGCCUCCAGCAGCAGCAGCAGCUGGGAGAAGCAAGUCCGCCACUCCUCCACCCCUCGUCGCCCCAAUGGUUUCUCCGUUCUCGUCACCGGUGCUGCCGGCUUCGUUGGUACCCAUUGCUCCCUUGCCUUGAAGAAGCGCGGCGACGGUGUUCUUGGCCUUGACAACUUCAAUUCCUACUAUGACCCAUCCCUAAAGCGAUCCCGCCAGCAGCUCCUCUCCAAACACCAGAUCUUCGUCGUGGAGGGAGACCUCAACGAUGCCCAACUGCUGGCCAAGCUCUUCGACAUUGUGCCCUUCACCCACAUCCUCCACCUUGCCGCCCAGGCUGGCGUCCGCUACGCCAUGCAGAACCCGCAAUCCUAUGUCAACUCCAAUAUCGCCGGCUUCGUCAAACUCCUCGAAGUGGCCAAGUCCGCUGAUCCUCAGCCGUCCAUAGUCUGGGCGUCCUCCAGCUCAGUCUACGGCCUCAACACCCAGAACCCAUUCUCAGAGGCCCACCGCACGGACCAACCGGCUAGCCUCUACGCCGCCACCAAGAAAGCUGGAGAGGAGAUCGCCCACACCUACAACCACAUAUAUGGCCUCUCCAUAACGGGGCUCCGAUUCUUCACCGUGUACGGACCGUGGGGGAGGCCCGACAUGGCCUACUUCUUCUUCACCAAGGACAUCCUCCAGGGCAAACCAAUCAACAUCUACGAAACUCAGGACGGCAGGGCGGUGGCGCGUGAUUUCACGUACAUAGAUGACGUGGUGAAGGGGUGCCUGGGGGCGCUGGACACCGCCCAGAAGAGCACGGGGAGCGGCGGCAGGAAGAGGGGGCCAGCGCAGCUGAGGAUCUAUAACCUGGGGAACACGUCGCCGGUUCCAGUGGGGAAGCUGGUGGGGAUAUUGGAGACGCUAUUGAAUGUGAAGGCGAAGAAGCACGUGAUCAAGAUGCCCCGCAACGGCGACGUCCCGUUCACGCACGCUAAUGUGAGCCUGGCGCACAGAGAGUUGGGGUACAAGCCCACCACCGAUCUGGCCAGCGGGCUGAAAAAGUUCGUCAAGUGGUACGUUAGUUAUUCUGGCAUCGAGACGAGGGCAAAAAGGGGAGCAGAAGCAGCCACCAAUGAUGAUGAUGACGGCGGUGCCGAUAGCUAGCUAGACGCUGGUGCUGGUGCUGGGCGCAUCGAUCACAUCAUCAUCACAUGGGUGGGCCGGGGGAGCCUUAUUUAUAUUUUUUUUCCCCACAUCAUCACAUGGGCUUAGGUCAAGUCGGACAUCGGAUUCAUUCACACAUAUUAUAUAUACAUAUAUAUGUGUGUGUGUCGGUGCAUGCAUGGAAUGGAAGAUAUAUGGAUGAUAUGGGUGCAUGGUCCAGACUGGGAGUAAAGUAGUCGGUGGCCUGGCUGAAUCAGAACUUUCUCAGUGCAUGUGUUGGGGUUGUGGUCGCUGUUUCUAAGUAGGAUUGGCAACAAGUACAGUACUACAGGCACACAAAUUUGUAUCAUUCUACAAGCAUAUAUAUAUAUAUAUAAUAUAUAUGAUUAAAAGUUGUGUAAUUGUCAGAAUUAGACAAGCUGGGGGCCUAGCUCCCCUAGCCGAAUUAAUUAUUAUCCAAUAAUAAUGUAAGUUGCACGUGUCAUGCA